UGAUUAGCGCACGUGAAAGUGCGUGUGUUUUCCUUCAGCCCGCAUUGAAGCAGCGCGCGCGCGCCGUGAUUUCGGUACCGAGCGUGGUUCCGGUGCGGGAUUUUCCUCCUCCCUCCUCCUUUCACUCCUUCACGCUCGCGCUCCCGUUACGAUGGCUUGAUAAAUCCGUCGCGCGCUGCGCUGCACUGCACGCCUCGGUGCCCGGUUUCAUCCGUGUAUUUGUGGUUUUCUCCUUCCUCCUUUCUCUUUACUCCUCCUCCUCGGACCGGAUCCGUCCUCGGUUUCAUGCCCGCGCGCACUAUGUGAACGCCAUGCGGGCGGCGCGGUGCCUCCUCCUGUGGGCUGCGGUCUCCGUUACAGCAGGCUGGAGCACCGCAUCGCGGCAAUGGCGAGAGAGAGGAGGGGGGAUCGGUAACGGCGACGGCGACGGGCCCGCGCAUCGCGGCGGUGAGCUCGCGUGGCCGCAGCGUCUCCAGGAGCGCGCGGACCCCGAGGGCGGCGAGCUCGCGCACGGCCGCCUGGACACCCGCGCGAAGACCGAGGACGCCGACGCGCCUCACAUCCAGAUCCAGUUCCAGCCUGUAGAACCCGAUACAGAAUCAGAGAUCAGAUUUAUUCCUCUCUGUACCCCUGUGCCCGACUCUCCCAGCGCAGGCAGCUCCACCGCUGCUCCAGGGUCCACUGUGACUUUUUCGGUUUCACGAGGCCUCUCCAGGUCUGGUUCAGCCGAGCAGAGCUUCUCCUGUUCCAGUUCAGCCGAGCAGGGCUUCUCCCCGUCUGGUUCAGCCGAGCAGGGGCUUCUCUGGGGUGGUUAUGUCAUUAGUGGACACCUAAGCUGCAGUCUGAGCCCUUUAGCGAAUGUUUACUUUGACACACGAUCUCCUCUGAGUCCUGGAAUUCUCUGGAAAGAUAAUAAAGCAAUAUACAUACAAAUAAUUGUGUGUGUGUGUGUGUGUGUGUGUGUGUGUGUGUGUGUGUUACAGGGAGGAGAGCACUGUUAUUACCACGGCACAGUAAGAGGAGUGAAAGGAUCCUGGGUUGCUCUCUCCACCUGCCAUGGCCUCUGGGGAAUGUUCUCAGAUGGCAACUUUUCCUACGAGAUUGAACCCUUACAACACGAUGAUGAGCAGGCACAAAGUGCUCACGUUGUGUACCGACUGCCUGACCUUCAGCUCAAUGCACCUCACUGCCCUGAAUGCAACGCUACCACUGACCCGGACUCGGCUGUGGAUGAUGCCGAGAGCGAUGGACCCACUUUCACACACAGCCUGAGACGGGUCAAACGCCAGAUCCGCAGGCCACCGCGCACUGUUCAGACUGAGACCAAAUACAUUGAGCUGCUAGUAGUGAACGAUUAUGACCUGUUUGUGCAGAUGCGCAGGUCGACUACGCAAACACGCAACUUUGCGAAAUCCAUAGUCAACAUGGCAGACGCAAUUUAUAAAGAACAACUAAACACAAGACUGGUGCUUGUCGCCAUGGAGACGUGGUCAUCUCAGAACAUGGUUUCCGUGGGCGACGACCCUCUGAUGACCCUGCGUGACUUUAUGAAAUACAGGAGGGAGAACAUCAAAGAGAAGAGUGAUGCUGCACACCUGUUCUCGGGGCGCACGUUUCAGAGCAGUCGCAGUGGCACUGCCUACAUCGGGGGAAUCUGUUCUUCUACACGUGGGGGAGGAGUCAAUGAGUAUGGAAACGUGGGCCCCAUGGCCAUCACACUGUGCCAGAGUCUGGGGCAGAACCUGGGCAUGAUGUGGAAUAAAGACCGCGCCACCGCAGGAGACUGCAGAUGUCCGGACCCUUGGCUCGGCUGUAUUAUGGAGGACACUGGAUAUUACCUACCCAAGAAGUUCUCACGCUGCAGCAUAGAUGAGUACGUACGAUUUCUGCAGGACGGAGGAGGCAGCUGUCUGUUUAACAAACCCACAAAGCUCCUGGAUCCUCCUGAGUGUGGAAACGGAUUUGUGGAGCAAGGAGAGGAGUGCGACUGCGGCUCGCAGGUGGAGUGCUCUCGAGCAGGAGGUGCAUGCUGCAAGAAAUGCACUCUUACCCAUGAUGCAAUGUGCAGUAACGGACUGUGCUGUAACAGGUGUAGGUAUGAACAGAGAGGCGUGGUGUGUCGAGACGCUGUAAAUGAUUGUGAUAUUCCAGAGGCGUGUCCUGGUGAUUCCAGUCAGUGUCCUCCUAACGUGCAUAAACUGGACGGCUACAUGUGUGACACAGGACAGGGUCGCUGUUACGGCGGACGCUGCAAGACCAGAGACGGCCAGUGUCAGGCGCUGUGGGGUCACAACUCAGCAGACCGGGUGUGUUAUGAGAGGCUGAAUACUGAGGGGACAGAGAAGGGAAACUGUGGACGAGACACCAACGGACAGGGAUGGAUCCAGUGCAGCAAACCUGAUGUACUGUGUGGGUUUCUUUUGUGCUCUAAUAUGACGAUGAAGCCUCGUUAUGGUGAUUUGGAAGGAGAAAUUACAAGUCUCACCAUAUACCAUCAGAACAAGUAUCUAGACUGCCAUGGAGGACAUGCCGUGCUGGAGGAUGGAUCAGAUCUGGGUUAUGUAGAGGAUGGAACUCCUUGUGGUCCCAACAUGAUGUGUUUGGAGCGGCGCUGUGUGCCUGUGAUGACCUUUAACCUGUCAGUGUGUCCCGGUUCCUCCGCCUCACACAUCUGCUCUGAUCAUGGAAGGUGCAGUAACGAGGUAAAGUGUAUCUGUGAUUCAGACUACACAGGGAAGGACUGCAGUGUGUAUGACCCUCUCCCUGAUCCACAGCUUCCAGAAGGACCUGAGAAAUACAAAGGUCCGAGUGGCACAAACAUAAUCAUCGGUUCUUUAGCAGGAGCCAUACUGCUGGCAGCUAUAGUGCUGGGAGGAACAGGCUGGGGCUUCAAGAAUAUCCGGAGAGGAAGGUAUGACUCUGCGGAACAGACAGAGAUGUGACAUUCAUUCAUUUUCAUCCUUCAUCUUUAUAUUUUACUGAACCUGAUUCCGGUGUUCGUUUUCUCUGUGACGUGACGUGACGUGUUCUUUAGUCGUGCAGAAAAACACGUGCAGCCUGAACGUGAACGCUGACCUGCUUUAUAGCAACCGCUUUAUAUUAGCUUAAUCUGUAACCCACGCCCACUCCGAGCUCUCGAUCAAUCAGGAGGCUUUGUUUUUUCAACAGUUAUAAAUGAAAAUAAAUCUCUGCUCUGUGAUUGGAUGAAACCUCUCACGUGCACUCACAGCAUUUUUUCAUUUCUUAAUUCUUUAUGCUCCAAAAUAAUAAACCUGAUGACUGGAGACUCCA